AUGGCUGACCCUGAAGGCUAUGGCUUUCCGGACGAUGGAGCUGGCGACGACGAGCGAUCAAUCAUCUCGAGCCGGGGACUCGAAGCUUUUGGGCGCAAGGUCACGACGACAGCAAACCAUCUCAUAGGCCCGAACGCGGAAGAUGUCAGCGGCCACUACAAGACAGCGAUGGCUGAGGUCAACAAGCAAAUGCGCAGGCCUAAAAUCCAGCGCAGCAUGUUUUCCAUGGCCAAAACGACGCCUACAGACAUGGUUCGCUCCAAGUUAUCGACCUCGGAGAUUCAGCAUCGCGCAUUGACCCAUCUACCCGACGAGCUCUUAUCGAACAUACCGGAACACGAAAACUCGUACUCUCUAUUCCAAGGCUUCCAGGCCAGUUUUCCGGAGCUUACGGAUGAUGGGAAGAAGCAUCGCAGACGCGUUUCCAGGGGCCGAAAACUGAUCGACGACGGCAAAGCUUCGCCAAGCGACCCGAAGCGACUCGGGCAACUCAAGAGGGAGAGGGCAUCUAUGAUACACGAACUCAAUCUCUUGGGGGUGCGAAAGAGUAUGUCCAGCGCGGAGAUCCGCGAGAUCGAUAACAAGAUUGCGAAUCUGCACGGGAUGCGGCGGAUUAUUUUGGAACGGCUCGCUGGGUUUGAACAGGACGAAGCUGUGCUAGAGCACGACCUGAUUGACGUCGAAGGCCGUGUGGAAGAGGCUCAACUUCUGGUCGACGAAGCCGAAGAGAUUGCGAAGAACACCGCAACCAAGGACGAGGAGGACCUAGCUGGCGAUGGCGAGAUACACGAAUUCAUGUCGCAGUCUGUGUACGAGAAGAUACCCGAAUCGGCGCAAACCACUCCCUCGAGAAAAUCGAAAAAAGUCCACCGCAAGAAAUCAAUGCCCAUUCUGCACGAGCACUUUGAACCUGGGUCCAGCAUUCGGGAGAUCAGGGCGCACAAGGAAACCAUCACUGCACUGGAUUUUGAUGCGCCAUUCGGGACGCUGGUCACGGCAGCUCUGGAUGAUACUGUGCGCGUUUGGGAUCUCAACGCUGGCCGUUGCAUGGGGCACCUGGAGGGACACACAGCGUCUGUCAGGACACUCCAGGUCGAGGAUAACAUACUAGCAACCGGAUCUAUGGACGCAACCAUCAAGCUCUGGGACCUCAACAAAACUCGAUACGACCCACACGGAGCGCAGUACGGCAAAGGCGAGGAUGAUGAGGAUGCUAUCGCCUGGGAAACGGCUGACGAUCACCUUGAGCCUCCAGAAGGCAGUAUGGAUGAGUGCGAGCUUUACACACUGCAGGCCCACGUGGACGAGAUUACGGCUCUUCACUUUCGAGGUGAUGUGCUGGUCUCGGGCUCAGCAGACAAGACCAUUCGCCAUUGGGAUCUCGAAAAGGGACGCGCCGUGCAGACUCUGGACGUGAUGUGGGCGGCCGCGCAAGCGUCAGCUACCAUCGGCAGCGGUGAUAACGGCUGGAGGCCAACGGGCCGAGCUUCUGGGAGAGAUGCAGACUUUGUCGGAGCGUUGCAAGUUUUCGAAUCUGCCUUGGCGUGCGGUACUGCCGAUGGCAUGGUUCGCUUGUGGGAUCUCCGCAGUGGGCAGGUGCACAGGAGCCUCGUCGGCCACACCGGCGCUGUGACUUGCUUGCAAUUCGAUGAUGUGCAUCUCAUCACGGGCAGCGUGGACAGAAGCAUCAGGAUCUGGGACCUUCGCACAGGCUCCAUAUACGAUGCCUACGCUUACGACAACCCCAUCACCGACAUGGAGUUUGACGCCCGCCGCAUCGUCAGUGCGGCAGGCGAAGACGUGGUCAAAGUGUACGACAAGGUCGAAGGGAGACAGUGGGACUGCGGCGCCGGCGUGACUGCGGCAGAAGAGGGUAAGAGCCCGUCUGUCAUUGAGCGCGUUGGCGUCAAGGACGGAUACCUUGGCUGUAGGACAGCGCUCCUGGAACGCUAUAUUGAUGCGGCCUCAGCUGUGAAGAAUGAAGCCUCACCAUCAGGCACGAUAACUCUUCUCCAAGAUGAGAUUGCAAAACCAACGCAACCAUACCAGCAGCUGUUAUCGAGGCAAGCAGAGCUUCUGAAGGGGUGGCAUGGGAAAGGAGUGCAAGAGAUCAACACAGAGCUCCUCCACAAGCGACUCGAGGAUGUGGCCUCAAUCGCCAUGUCCAAGUUCUACUCCUACCGGUACGAUCGAGUGCCGGAUUGUUGGAGGUAUCUCUAUACCAAUACAAUGGUUCUUAUGAGCUUCUUCCACCUGUUGCAAGUGGACGAACAGCAAGACGGGAGCGAUGUGUGGAACAUCGUCGUCGAGAAGCUGGACAGAGCACUCAUUACGACCGGGGGGCAGAGCGAUUGCAUACCACGCAGCUGGUUUGACGGGACAAUGGAGAGCUUAUCGGGUUUACUGUCAAAGUCUUCCGAGGAGCCGCUGCCCAAGCGUCGCAAAACUCAACCGUCGCUAUUUUCCACAGAGGAACCCCAUGGGCGCCCGGUGUUGACAGCAGAGCGCACCAUCUCCCGGCACAGAGAUUGGACUCUUGAGAAAUUCGAGGACUACAUGAACUCUGCCGAGGAACCGCCACAACCGAUCAUAUUUAGUGAUCUGAUCGACUCUUGGACUGCUUUGACAGACCGCCCCUGGAGAAGUGUCGACCAUCUCCUUAAUGCCACACUAGGCGGCAGACGACUGGUACCGAUUGAAGUCGGUAGGUCUUAUGUGGAUGAAGGCUGGGGGCAAGAGCUCAUUAAUUUCAAAACAUUUCUAUCCAAGUAUAUCCUCACGUCAGAGGGGCAGGUGGGUUACCUCGCGCAGCAUAACCUCUUCACUCAAAUUCCCUCCUUGAGGAAUGACGUCCAGAUCCCGGACUUUUGCUGGGCAGAUGUUCCAGGACAUCCUACCGAUGUGUCGAAGAACCAGGAGAAACUCGACAUGCCGUCAAUGAACGCAUGGUUCGGACCGGCCAAGACGAUCACGCCUCUGCAUACGGACGGUUAUCACAACUUGCUCUGUCAGGUUGUGGGGACCAAGUAUGUCAGGCUGUAUCCGCCUUCCGCGACAGAAAAGAUGAGGCCGAGAAAAGCAGAGGAGGGCGUCGACAUGAGCAACACGAGUGAAGUGGAUGUCGGGAUACUGGAAGGCUGGGACCCCCACGAUGGCAGCCCAGAUGAGUUGGAAGAGCUUAAAGCGAACCUCUCCGGUGUUGACUAUUGGGAAGGGAUAUUGGGUCCGGGGGAUACUCUGCUCAUACCGAUGGGCUGGUGGCACUAUGUGAGAAGUUUGAGCAUCAGCUUCAGCGUGAGUUUCUGGUGGAAUUGA